AUGUCCGGAAAAUACAUCGUCGUCUUCAAAGACCAUGUCUCAGAUUCAAAGAUCAACAACGUCGCCGCGGAUAUCACUACCAACGGAGGCGUAGUGGGCAAGAAGUUCGAGUCGCUGCUGAAGGGUUUCUCCGCUGAGAUUCCUGAGGGAUACUUGACGCAGCUCCAGUCACUCCAGGGCGGCGACAUUGACUAUAUAGAGCCGGACGGCCCUGUCCACACCCAGUAA